GAGAGAGAGAGAGAAUCCCUGUGCGUCUCCAGCGGAGUGUCGUCGCCGCGUGGUGUUUUCUCACGACGAUGCGUCGGCUUCGUCUCGGAGUGCCCGGAGGGUAGAAGAUGCCGUGCGUGCGUGUCCGUCUUCUUGAAUGUGCGUGCAAUGGCAACCCGCACGCCGGCUGUCGCUGAAGUGCGGCGACGUCGCCUGGGAUUAACUUUGCCGUCGACGCAACUGUCACCGAGAGUACCUUCCGCGCGCUCGUGGAUUUGGCGCGUGAUUGUAGCCGUGUGCUUCUUGGCAGUGGGCGUGACGUCGUCAUCUCACCUUCCCCUACUGGCGGGCACUCUGAAGACGUUUCAGAAGUUUGCCUGCGACGGCCAGGAGCUGCAACUGCGCUGCUUCCGCAACACGAGCAUCUCCAUCUCGGUGGCCCAGUACGGGCGCUCCGUGCCCUACCACAUGCUGUGUCCGCCGCCGUCGCACGAGGAAGGGGGCGCCACAAGCGCCAGGCAGGAGCAAGAGUACAACGGCAGCGUCGAGUGCAUCGCCAAGGAAGCACUCAAGGUGGUGGAGGCCGCAUGCCGGGAGAAGCGGGAGUGCAUGGUGAGGACUGACGUCAAGUCAUUCAUGGUGGACCCUUGCCCGGGAGUGUACAAGUACGCCGAAGUCGCCUACAAGUGCAGACCCACCACGUUCUCAAAUCGGAUAGUGUGCGAGAACGGCGUGCUCAACCUACGCUGCCACAAGAACCUGCGCAUCGUCGUCUACUCGGCCAACUUCGGAGGAACAGAGAAGGGCGUGCCCGAGUGCCCGCAGAGGCAGGACGUCAAGCUGUCCGUGUGCCAGGUGAGUUACGCGACCGAGACGGUGCUGACGUCAUGCCACGGGAGGCGCAGGUGCACCGUGGCGGCCGACAUGGGCACCUUCGGCAACCCCGGCUGCCACAAGGACUCGCGGCUCUACCUCAAGGUUGUCUACACCUGCGCGCCGAAGGAAAUACUUAAGGACCUCGAUAUCGGCGGCACCGACUCGCCCAAGGACAGGAUGGACGAAGAAGAAGAAGGAUACGUGGAAGAAGCGGGCUACCAGCCAUCCACCUUCAGUCCCGAAGGAGGUCCCCACGCACCGGCCAAGUCUCUGCCUGCCGCUCCGAUGGAUCGAGACUUGGUGCCGGAGCCAGCGAACAAAAAGAUCGACAUGCUGAGAGACAGGACGGCGGAAGACGACAAGCACGUCAACUGCACUUUGAAUGGGAGCGAACACAGAGCCAUCGGCUUCAUCACCGAAUGGGUGGCCGCUUACAAGUUUGUAAGAGCGAACAAAGAAAAGUUUAUACUCUACGUACUGCUGAGUCUGGGCUUCGGCGUCGUCGCCUUCCUGGCAGUGCUGUCGACUCGCCUGUACGUGCAGCGACGCCGCGACGACCCGCCCGAGGCCGCCGAGACGAAGUGCUCCGAGCCGCUGUCGGGCUCGUUCGACGAGUGCGACGGCGGAGGAGGAGGCAGGGUGGACCAAGCGGACGCCUCCACCGGGGGCUCGGCGACUAGGCACGCACACACCAUCGAAGUCGUGCGCUACGCGAACAGACCGGGCAUACGUCGCCACGACAGCGAUACUUACCCGAGGGCACCCGUCACGAGGUCCACGACCAGCUACUACUACAGCUAGUGGUAAACGGGCCGAGGAGGAUACUCGUCUUAGGUAUUUUUUUUGUCUCGUUCGCACUCUGGUAACCUCCUCGAGCCAAUAUACACACUGAGAAACGCACCGAUGCCAAAACAAGCGAGAAUUUAAGUGCCCAUGUCACCCGGCUAAUGAAACGUCAUUUCCAUCGAGUGACAUUAAAUGAAUUUACGUAAUUCUUUCAGCAUGCUGUUACAAUAAUAAGACAAAUGUUACUUGAAGAGACGGAGAGAGAUGUAUACAAAUAAAAGAAAGGCCGGGAAUUGCAGGAGGUUAAACCGGAAGACGGAGUUCUGGUCUGCUACCCUACGUAGGGAGAAGGCAAAGGGGGCUAGAAUAGUAGACGUAGGCCAGGAAUAGAAAAAAAAGUAGAGGAGAAUUACAGUCUUUCUAAUAGGUCAAUGCCGCGUAAAAUGCUUCGAGAGUGCCUUGAUCGACGUCCGGUGCAGCGACUGUUUAGGUCAUAAUUCCAGGAUUGUACUCUAAAAGUGGCCGGCAGUUAUGACGGGCCAACACGCCCGCUACCAAUGGGUUGUGCGCGCUGUAGCAAGGGUGGAACAUGAUCUAUAGUUUCUUCGCUUCCUCAGUGAUGGCAAGCAGCGCUACCUUCCGUACCGAUUUGGAAUUUCGUUUGAAAAUGAUAACAGUGACCUCAGCCUCCUGUGUCAUGACCACGGGUUGAAAGGAGAGUGAUAACGAACGUUCCAUUAACGACUCUAUAUUCCAGAAAUAAUUGUUCGUAAUAAGGAGGAGGAGACAACUUCAUUCUAGAGAAAUGUCAGAGGUUUGUAGACGGCCGCUUACUGCGGCGACCUCUCCUGUCCAGGCAAUGAUUGAUUUUUGUAGUUUUUCUUUGGAGGACCGUAUUAGAGUCUCCCACGUCGUUUCUAUUGAGAAAAUGUGGAUGAAAAAUAUAUGCUUGCCGUUUAUGCAGUUUGCUACAGCUGCACAACCUAAGUCAAGCCGAGAUCCAAACAAAAAAAUGAAUAAAACAAAAAACGGACUCAGCCAUGGCUUUGGCCAAAGCCAUGGCGGUUACUGGGAAUGGUCCGACCGCUUUUGUGUAAUUAUCACACUGUUUUUUAAUUACAUAGAUCAGAAACAUGUGUAAUUGGCAAUAAUAUUAGUGCAUCCAUAGCAUCGAUACUUCGCAUUAGGUCUGAAAUCGAACGCGAAUGAGUUCUGUUAAUUCAUUCUUUUGAAAAUAUGGCUUUCACUGAUUGUAAUUUUGUUUUCCCGUGUGGCAACGAAGGAAUGACAUUACGCACGAAUGGCAUUCGUUGUAAAUGACAUUACAUUAGCCACGUGACAGGGCUGCAACGCGCACAUGUCAAGACUUGGACGUCCGUUUAAUCGCGCUGUUCGCGAAAGCCUGGUGGUCGUCUUUUGUUGUGGACCGCAGACAUCUCGCUGUAGGUAAAAAAUGCUACUUACGUCAACAGGCUGUAUAUUUGGGGGUGUUGGGGCUACUGAACACCUCCCAUCCGCUGUUUUAACUUGGCCGUGCACUUGCGUGAAUUGCGUGCGACCCGUCAAAGAGUCGGCUGCGCCAUCUCGACGCGACUACAGUGUUGUGAUAGCGACAGCUUGUACAAUAUGUACAGUAACCAAUUUUAACCGUAUAACGACAGUGCCUGCGAGCGCCAAUUGAGUUGUUUAACUAUGAGCAAUAUGUUGAGCAUAUCAAAAGCCUCGCUGACUUCUUCUUGGGCUUCGAACGAGGAACUGAACGGAACCAGAGUUCCCAAUGGAAGAGGUCAGAGUUCAGGGACAUUAGGAAUCCGUUGUUGAGAUGGAAAUCAAUAUAAAGCGUUUGCAUCGGCUGACAAACAUUUUUAACGCUGACCGCGAGUAAAGACGAGUUGAAUUAGAAGAAUGAACAAAUCUGUCAACAUGACUGUGGUUGUGAUGUGAGUAAUAGCUCUUUCGGCAAGAUGGUAUAUAGACUGUCAAGCUCUACGAGGUUGUGGCUGUCAAAAAAAAAAAAAAAGACGCGCAUUUUUCUGCAUUUCCUGUAUAAUUUGCCGUAAGAAUAUGUGACGCCACCACCCAAGUAACGAUAUAAAAAACUCGAUGUAUUACUUCACGGUGACGCACAACUCUUGAGACAGUAGGACUGGGCAUGUUGGUAUAACAUGAC